UUUGUUUAUAUUAUUUUGCUUAUAAAUGGCAUUGGUACAUUAUUACCAUGGAAUAUGCUAAUUAAUGCAGAUAGUUAUUUUGUUGACUACAAACUAAAAGUCAAUUUAACUGAUUAUGAAUCGGCACAUGAUUUGGACAAUUACCGAUCAAAUUUUUUGUCAUACCUGGGUAUAGCAUCUAUAUCUCCAAAUGUUUGCCUACAGUUUCUCAAUUUGUUUACAAAUAAAUCUUAUGGAUCACUUACUACACGAAUUUCAUCGGCACUUUUAUUGCAAGCACUGGUAUUUUUGUUUACCAUUGUGUUGGCCGUAAUGGAUACAAACGGUUGGCCGAUCGGGUUUUUCUGGCUGACAAUGACAUCGGCAGUAGUAAUCAAUUCGGGAACCGGUAUACUUCAGAGCUGUAACUUUGGUUUGGCCGCCAAAUUGCCGAUGAAAUACACAAACGCUGUGGUUAUGGGCACAAAUCUCAGCGGUACUAUAGUCUCCAUAUUUAUGAUCGUAUCGAUAGCCCUGUCCCCUACACCACGUAUUGUAGGCAUAAUCUACUUUUCAUUGGCACUCAUCAUAAUUAUCAUAUGUUUCAUAUCGCAGUUUUAUCUAAAAAAUAAUAAUUUUUACAUACAUUACAACCGAAAUAUAAAUAAAUCUCAGGAGAUAUCCAAUGAUAACAAUAUUACUUUGGAUAGCAUUGAAGGUCUAGACAUUACUUCUCGUAAUACUACAAAAGCUAUAACUACCGGCAAAAACCUAUCGGGAUUACGGCUAUAUUGUCACGUAUUGGGCCGCAUAUGGCCUCAACUGAUCAAUAUUUACAUCACAUAUACAUUAACGUUAACUAUAUUCCCGGCACUAAUGGCUGAUAUAAAGCCUAUUAAUCAAUUAAUUGAUGGAAAUUAUUUUGUGCCCACAUUUUGUUUUUUCUUUUUCAAUGUAUCGGUAACUUUAGGCAAUUAUUUGGCACAAAAACUAGAAACUCCUGGACCUAAAUAUCUAUGGAUUUAUUGUUGCGCAAGAAUUUUGUUUGUGCCUUAUUUUCUAUUAUGCAAUUAUCGACCUGAAAAUGUUGACAGACACUUACCGGUGCUAUUGGCCAGUGAUUGGUAUUAUCUGAUUGGCACAGUUGUCAUGUCCAUGUCGUUUGGCUAUCUGUCCAGUUUGGCGAUGAUGUACGCGCCCCGCGGUGUCAUCGAUAGACAUCAGGAGACGGCCGGCAUUAUGUCGGGAUUGGCGCUAAUUUUGGGUAUAUUUACUGGCGUUAACUCAUCAUUAGUACAUCAUUUAAUUAUAUCAUAA